UAUUUCCGCAUAUACGGGUUGUCUAAGGGGUUGUAGCACGGGUGGACUUCCUUUCGCUCCGACAUCUUGACGAGGAAACAUGCCUCCCAAACAAGACAAGAAGAAGGACACUGGGAAGUCCAAAAAGGACAAGGACCCAGUCAACAAAUCUGGAGGCAAAGCCAAGAAGAAGAAGUGGUCCAAGGGAAAAGUUAGGGAUAAGCUCAACAACCUGGUCCUCUUCGACAAGGCCACCUACGAAAAGUUGUACAAAGAAGUCCCCAACUACAAACUCAUCACCCCUGCUGUUGUGUCUGAGAGGCUGAAGAUCCGUGGCUCUCUGGCCAGGAACGCCCUUCAGGAACUGCUUGCUAAAGGCAUGAUCAAACUGGUGUCCAAACACAGAGCACAGCUGAUUUACACACGUAACACCAAGGGUGGAGAUGAGGAGGGAGCACCAGAGAAAGCAUAACAAGGUUUUCCGGUUUCCUGUUUGUAAUGAAAGGUGAAUAAAUUCUGUAAAGACAAAA